GAUACAAUAGAAAAGCGGAAUUUUAUAAAACAUCGAAAAGAAACAGACGAAGUAAAAAAUAUAGUUGCCUCCCAAACCCAAUUAAAACCCUUCCCUUUUUUCUCUCUUCCCCUCCUCACUUCUCUCUCCUACUUCUCUAUAUAAACGGCAUUAGCAUUUCCCAACUCCCUCACUUUAAUACUAAAUCUCUCUCUCUCUCUCUCUCUCUCUCUCUCUCUCUUCGACAUUCACAUAACAAUAAAAACCCAGCUUAUAAUUCGAGUUUUUUUAUACUUAGAAAACUUAGAAUAUUGCGAAAGAAAAACAUUCUCUGUUUUUCCCCUGUUUUCGUCAACACUUUGAAGUACACAAACAGAAAAUAUGAUGAAUGUUGCUCAUUUCAUCUUCGGUGUUUUUGGAAAUGCAACUGCUCUGUUCCUCUUCUUAGCUCCAGUUGUGACAUUUAAGAGGAUCAUAAAGAACAAAUCAACCGAGCAAUUCUCUGGAGUACCUUAUGUUAUGACUUUGCUCAACAACCUCCUUUCUGCUUGGUAUGGACUACCCUUUGUGUCCCCUAACAACGUCCUAGUGACAACAAUCAAUGGAACUGGUGCAGUAAUUGAGAGUGUUUAUGUGAUUGUUUUUCUAAUCUUGGCUCCAAGAAAACAAAAGCUUAAGAUCGGAGGUCUACUACUUAUCAUCCUCUCGAUUUUCGCCACCGUUGCGCUUGUUUCAGUCCUUGCUCUUCAUGGCAACAAUAGGAAGAUUUUCUGUGGUGUUGCUGCUAGUGUUUUCUCCAUCAUCAUGUAUGGUUCUCCUCUUUCUAUUAUGAGAUUGGUGAUUAAGACAAAGAGUGUGGAAUACAUGCCAUUCUUGCUAUCACUCUUCUGCUUCUUGUGCGGUACUUCCUGGUUCAUUUUCGGAUUAAUCGGCCGUGAUCCUUUCGUUGCUGUACCCAAUGGAUUUGGAACAGCUCUAGGAGCAAUGCAACUGAUCCUGUACUUCAUAUACUAUGACAAGAACAAGAUUCCUGAGGAAAAAAGGAAGACUACAACUGAACAUGCAGUUGAAUUGGGCCUGAAUGGAAAUGGGAAGGCCCAUAAUAAUAUCCAAGAAGUAAAGCCCAACACGCAACCUUCGUUAAAUGGACACGCCUAAUAUUCUUCUACGUGUCACCUUGUGUUUAGCACAGCACAUUGAUUAAAAAUUCUGAUCCUCAGCAAUUAUGUUCCUUAGAAUUUUUUUUCUUUUUUUUUUUUUUUUUUUUUUUUUUUAAUUUUCUUGUAGUUAUCUUUCGCUUUCUCCUUUAUUUUUUUCCUUUUUUUUUUUUGGGGUUGGGGUUGGUUAGGUUUUGAGGUUAGGUUAAAUCCUCUCAAAUGCAAGUGUAAACAAUUUGUGUUGGGAAAUGGCAGAAGCUAGCCAUUUAAAGAGGACAAUACCAAUUGUAAUAAUAUUGGCAAAAUGAAUAUUAGAAUGGUUGCUAAUUGCUAAUGUCCAAGUACAUUGAGGAAA